AUGUUUGCCGAUUGGAGUGACGAUAACACUACGAUCUUGACCGAGCUCUUUGUCCAACAAGUGCGUGCUGGCAAUAGGCCAGACAAGCACUUGACUCGGAAUGCUUAUGAGGAAGUUGCAAAAGAUUUCAAAGUCAGAACAGGUCUGGAGUACACCAAGUUCCAACUGAAGAACAAGUGGGAUAAGUUGAAGACUGAUUACAGCAAUUUCAGAAAACUCAAAUUGAAGGAGACCGGUGGUGGGUGGGACUAUGAGAGAAACACCAUCAAACAAGAUGCUGAAUGGUGGAAGAAAGCAAAGAUAGACAUCCCUGGCUGUGGCAAGUUCCGAAAGUGUGGACUUCAAAAUGAGAAUAACUUAUCUAUCAUGUUUGCUGACAUCACGAGUGAUGGUACAGAUCACUGGAAUCCUGCUUCAGGCACCAUUCCCCAAUCUAGCAGUGCAACUUCUAUUUUCAAUGUGGACGACAUACAAGAUGUUGAUCUGGAGGAGACCCAAACAGGUGAGUCACAUGCUGAUGGAAAAGGGAAGAGACUUGGGAGGUAUGUGGAUGGCAAUAACAACAAGCCAAAGACAUCUCUUGUUAUACAAGAACAGAUAACCAUGGGUGGAGAUAUAGCAGAGAGGACCCAAUCCAGCUUUGAGUCAUACAUGAAGAAAGAAGAGAGUUCAUCGAUUACUUCUGUGAUGGAUCUGGUUGUUGAGUGCGGUGCAAUAGUAGGAAGUGAUGAAUAUUUCAUUGCUAGUGAACUAUUUGUGAAGCGAGAGCAGAGAGAGAUGUUCCUGCAUAUGACGGAAAGUGCUGCUCGUUUAGAUUGGUUGCGUAGGAAAUACAACACCAAGUAUGGGCAUUAG